UUUCUUUGUGAUUCUUUCCAUUGACAAACAAUUUAUUUACUUUUCCAUAUUUAAACAUUGAUAAUUAUCUUUUAAUCAUCUAACUAAUCGUUCCCGUGAUCAUCACCAACAUCCAUUAAUUAGUGUAACCUGCUCUUGAUCACUGACCAUCAACAAUUGACCACAAUACAAUUACCAUUAAAUGGAAAAAUGUAAUUUCCAAAUUGUGUUAAUCUAAUUUUCUUGUUUUCAUUUGUCAACCUUUUCCAUUGAAAUUUCAUCACCUUUCAAUCAAACUUUUCAAUCUAAUUCACUUCCAUUUGGAUUAACCUUUAUGAUUUAGGUCAAUUAAGGUGUCUUCGUGCUUUGGGUAGUUCGUCCCAAGAAUCUUGUGAAAUGCGUCAAAUGCCCUGGUUUGGAAUGGACAUUGGUGGAACCCUCGUUAAAUUGGUUUACUUUGAGCCAACCGAUUAUACUCCGGAUGAUGAGAAAAACGAAGCCGAAACGGUUAAGAUAAUCCGACAUUACCUGAAAUCAAGAUCCGCCUAUGGGAAAACAGGUAAACGAGAUGUUCACCUUCAAAUGGAUUGUACAAUUAAAAAUCGCCGGGGGGUAUUACACUUUAUCCGUUUUCCAACUAGUGAGAUGCCCGUUUUCAUUAGUUUAGCCCAUUCCAAGGGAAUCGCUCAACUGGCCAGUACGGUUUGUGCAACCGGAGGUGGAGCAUAUAAAUUUGAGAAACAAUUCUCAGAGGAACUGAAUUUAACUUUGAAAAAAUUUGACGAACUUGCAUCUCUCAUCCAUGGGAUCCAUUUUAUUGAACGUUACAAUCCUCAGGAAUGUUUUUACCUGCAAAAUCCAAUGGAAGACGAUAAGUUCAGGAAAAUUCCAUUCGAUUUCAGUGACUCUUAUCCAUUCCUAGUGGUAAACAUUGGCUCGGGAGUUUCUAUUCUUGCCGUUUACUCUCAAGACAAGUACAAACGGGUCUCGGGUACUUCGCUUGGUGGAGGGACAUUCGUUGGUCUCUGUUGUCUUCUCACGGGCUGUGAAACCUUCGAGGAAGCCAUCGCACUCGCAAGUUCAGGUGAUGCAAAUAAAGUGGACAAAUUGGUUCGAGACAUUUACGGCGGCGAUUAUCCUAAAUUCGGCCUCAGCGGGGACACAAUCGCUUGCAGUUUUGGACACAUGAUCAGCAAGGACAAACGAGAUAAAGUGAGCAAGGCUGAUUUAGCUCGUGCGACACUGGUCACUAUUACGAAUAACAUUGGUUCGAUCGCUCGAAUGUGUGCCGUUAACGAAGGCAUCGAACGGGUCGUUUUCACGGGAAAUUUUCUUCGAGUGAACCAAAUCUCUAUGAGGCUACUUGCCUAUGCCAUGGACUUUUGGUCCGGUGGAACCUUGAAAGCGCUUUUCCUCGAGCACGAAGGUUACUUUGGUGCGGUUGGUUGUCUUCUCGAAUUGGUGUAAAACAAUUAACCCUCAACACACAAUUAACUCCAAUUGUCCUUGGUCUUUUUUUCUCGUUUUUCUUAACUUCCCAUGUUUAUUAUUACGAUAAUUGGAUGAGUGUUUCCUCGUCUUGGUUAUUUCCACCUUCGUCCUGUUACAAUUUUCAUGGGGAAACUUUCAAUCACCAUGAUGGAGAGACAACCAAAUGUUGUAUCACAUGCAAUUAACAUAUAUUACACUAAGAAACUUACUUCAUAUUAAUUUUAUAUAUAUACGAUAACAAUUAACUCGCUCAAGAGUUAAUUGUUAAUCUUCAUCAUCUUCAUCCUCAUCAUCAAUAUUAUUAUUAAUUCAUCUCUUAACCAGCAACAGAUUCAAUUGGUAUUCAAGAAAAUUAACACAAUAGAUAUUAUCAAAAAAUGCCUCAAGGAAAAAUCUUAAAAUUUAUCAACAAUUAAAUCAACUAAUCAACUAAAUAUGAUUGAUUUGUUUUCUGUCUCUUUGUAAAAGCUAAAUAAUUAAUAAUUAACAGUUUCCAUUAUAAUAGACUGUGAUUUUGUCCAUUCUGCCAUAAACACUUUGUAUUUUGUUAAUUUUGACAUGUUAAUUGUGACCAAAACCAUAAAUUGUCUUGGUAAUUAAAAAAUAGUAAUAACAA